AUGAGCACCAUCAGCAAAGCGGAAGGACAGAGGAAACUCAGCCAAAUCCUAAGCUCGAAGCGCAAAGAGGACCCCGUUGGCCUGCUACGUGCUCAGCGAAACGGAACGCUAAACGAGUACCCGAAUCGUCCGGAAUGA